AUGUGCACACUCGGACCAGACGGGAGGCCUACAAGCAGACCCCGCCGCAUAGCAGAUGAAGCUGGUCCCUCUGUACCAGUUCCGCCACCCCAGGAACCACCACAGCCAGCUAGGUUUCCUGAAGGACCUUCGGAUAGAUCAUUACUUGUUCGAUACGAGGAUCACGUUGCUCGUCGUAUAUGGUUCGGGGAGGAAAGAGGUCCUAAAAAGGAGCUCAAAGUCGCAUGUCAUGGGACGAAGCUUCAGGAUCGAGUGCCUCAGAUGCUCCCACCAGAGAUGGAGGCUUUCCGGUGGCAUAUUGAGACAUCGUCAUUUCACAUGCCAUUUGGUGAGAUGACGAUUAAUUUGGAUGAUGUUGCCAGUCUGCUGCACUUGCCGAUUGGAGGUUUGUUCUGGUAUCCCGAGGAGAAUGUCACCGAGGAGAUGGCUGUUGAGCUCGGCAUCCAGUAUUUAGGAGUGGAGAGGGGUGUGAUGGCCAAACAUGUGCGUGAUUGUAAAGGAGCUUAUUAUUCACUACAGUAG